ACAUAGCCAAAAAGACCUGAACCUGCACACUCAGCUGCUGUAGAUAGUACACGAGUGAUGCUGGGUUUGCUGUAUCUUCUCCUCCUGACUGGACUCAUAACUCUGGUUGUCUUGCUAAUCAAGCUGACUGAAGACAGAGACCAGCUACAGACCAGUUACAACAACCUGACUGAAGAAAGAGACCAGCUACAGACCAGUUACAACAACCUGACUGAAGAAAGAGACCAGUUACAGACCAGUUACAACAACCUGACUGAAGAAAGAGACCAGCUACAGACCAGUUACAACAACCUGACUGAAGAAAGAGACCAGUUACAGACCAGUUACAACAACCUGACUGAAGAAAGAGACCAGCUACAGACCAGUUACAACAACCUGAUCAAAGAAAGAGACCAGCUACAGACCAGUUACAACAACCUGACUGAAGAAAGAGACCAGCUACAGACCAGUUACAACAACCUGACUGAAGAAAGAGACCAGUUACAGACCAGUUACAACAACCUGACUGAACAAAGAGACCAGCUACAGACCAGUUACAACAACCUGACUGAAGAAAGAGACCAGCUACAGACCAGUUACAACAACCUGAUCAAAGAAAGAGACCAGUUACAGACCAGUUACAACAACCUGACCGAAGAAAGAGACCAGCUACAGACCAGUUACAACAACCUGAUCAAAGAAAGAGACCAGUUACAGACCAGUUACAACAACCUGACCGAAGAAAGAGACCGGCUACAGACCAGUUACAACAACCUGAUCGGAGAGAGAGACCGGCUACUGACCAGUUACAACAAUCUAAAUAACCAAAGAGACCAGCUGCAGAGACAGCUGAAUUUUCUCAAAUACUACUUGCAACAAGGAUGGGUUUAUUUCAGUGACAGCCUCUAUUACAUUUCUUCAACUAAAAAGACCUGGUGGGACAGUAGAAAUGACUGUCUGUGGAGAGCUGCGGACGUGGUGAUUAUCGGCAGCAGAGCAGAACAGGACUUCAUAAGACAGCACCAGAAGGAAAUGUGGAUUGGACUGACGGACGGACAGUGGGAGGGGGUGUGGACAUGGGUGGAUGGCACUCGACUGACAACAAGCUUCUGGGACUCUGGGGAACCAAAUAAUCAUGGAGGAAAUGAGGAUUGUGUAGAAAUACUUUCCUUAAACAGUGUAUACAACUUGAAUGAUGAAACAUGUGGAAAUACAAACUACUGGAUGUGCGAAAAGAAAAUGAUUCUGGUGCAGGAACAACUGAAACUGAAAAAGUCCAAAGAAAACACUUUGACCAGGACCGUCAUCACUCUCAGUGGAAAAAAUAUGGAAAUGGUAUUCUAUGAAGCGGAAGAUGACAUCGCUAUGAUAAAUGAUGCUCCAGUGAAGGGUGUUUCGUUUCAGAGCUACUCUGAUGAAGAAAAAGAUGAACGGACUGCGGCAGUGCCUGGUGCUAAUGGAAAGAACAGUUCUCGUGCUGUGGCUGCAUUGUGUCUGGGUGCACUGUGUCUUCUCCUUCUGAUUGGGUUCAAAACUCUGGUUUCCCAAUAUCACAAAAGCAAAUCUAAGCAGGAGAGGGCGAUGUUCCUGUUACAGACCAGUUAUAACAAUCUGACUGAGGAAAGAGAUCAGUUACAGACCAGUUAUGACAAACUCAUCAGUGAGGGACAACAGUUAGAGGACAACCUGACAAGACAGAAAGACCAGUUACAGACCAGUUACUACAACCUGACAAGACAGAAAGACCAGUUACAGACCAGUUACUACAACCUGACAAGACAGAAAGACCAGUUACAGACCAGUUACUACAACCUGAGUGAAGAAAGAGACCAGCUACAGACCAGUUACAACAACCUGAUUCAAGAAAGAGACCAGUUACAGACCAGUUACAACAACCUGAUUCAAGAAAGAGACCAGUUACAGACCAGUUACAACAGCCUGAUUCAAGAAAGAGACCAGCUACAGUCCAGUUACAACAACCUGAGUAAAGAAAGAGACCAGUUACAGACCAGUUACAACAACCUGAUUCAAGAAAGAGACCAGUUACAGACCAGUUACAACAACCUGAGUAAAGAAAGAGACCAGUUACAGACCAGUUACAACAACCUGAGUGAAGAAAGAGACCAGUUACAGACCAGUUACAACAACCUGAGUGAAGAAAGAGACCAGUUACAGACCAGUUACAACAACCUGAUUCAAGAAAGAGACCAGUUACAGACCAGUUACAACAACCUGAUUCAGGAAAGAGACCAGUUACAGAGCAGUUACUACAACCUGACUACAGAGAAAGACAGGCUGCAAGAAAGAGUUGAAGUCCUGACCAAAGACAGAAGUCAUCUUCAGGGAAAGCUUCAAGAUACUGAGGCCCGUCUGAAAAACCUGACUGACGAGAGAGCUAACCUGGAGAGGACUCUGAAUAUCUUUGGGAUGUAUUUCAGGGGUAGUUUCUAUUACGUGUCUUCUACCAAGAAAACCUGGCAACAGAGUCGAGAUGACUGUCUUCAAAAAGGUGCAGACCUGAUGAUUAUCAACAGCAAAGAAGAACAGGAUUUUGCAAACCGGUUCAAGAAGUACAUGUGGAUCGGCCUGACUGACUCACAGAGGGAGGGGACAUGGAAAUGGGUGGAUGGGACUCUGCUAACUAAAAGCUACUGGACUUCUGGGGAGCCUAACGGUGGAACACAUGAAAACUGCGGGGAUAUAAAGAAUUAUGAUGCUGCAAAUAGUUGGAAUGAUGAAAGCUGUUCUCAUUCACUCUACUGGGUCUGUGAAAAGAAACUCCGACCAUAAAUGCUUUGUCAGAGGCAAAGCAACGUGACAAGGAGACCUUGCUAUUGUUUAAUGAGUCAUUACAGCCUCAAUACUGUGUGUUUGAUCACCAUUCAGUUAUGUUACCUGUUAUUUUUAUUGCAUUCAGACACCAGAAAAUGGUGCCUCUGCAACAUUACAACAUUACUUUCAUGACAUGGUGAAGAUGAAUUACAUUAAUUUCCAAUAUAAAGCAAACAAUUGAUGUUUUAUCUAAUUUAUCUUAAUUCAAAUCACUCAUUUAAAUAAAUGUAUAUGCAAAAUGGGUCUUCAAAAUUAUUAUCAAAAACUUUAAUUAAAGUUAAAAAGUAAAAGUACAGAUUCAACAAAAGAGUUGUCCCUGUUAAUGAUUUAUAUAUUUUGUUAUUUUAGGAUUAAUAUUCCUUCUGCAUAUAUGUUGUAUUUUACUGCUGUAGAAGUUCAAGGUUUAGCUAAUUUUAUCUUCUUUAUGUACGGUUGGAUAGUUUGAUCUAUAGUAAUGCAUCAUAAUCCAGAAGAUCAUCAUAUUUGAGGCGUCACUGACCUGUGAGCCACACAAAUACAUUUUUCAGCUCAGAGCUCAGAGGAAGCAGCUUUUUUCUUGAGAAGUAGGAACAUUGUCAAAACCCAUAGAGGAACCCUUCAUCCUUCAAUUCAUCAGAAACACUCAGAAUACUAUAUUUGGAAAUACAUUGUUCUCACUGGAUAGGAGGGAUGUGAAUAACUAAUCUAAAAGGAGUAACUAGUAACUAAAGCUGUUAGACAAAUGUAUGAAGUAAAAGCAUUAAAAAAUAAUAUUUUCCCCUGUCUAUCUCAGAGGUGGAUUUCGUCGUUCGAUGUUGAGAUACAGUUCCCGUCGGUCAGUUCAGCAGGUAGUUCAUUCAUGUUUUUGAUUAUGUGUACUUUUAGACAACACAGUGGAUAAAGUGUGUAUUCACACUGACAUUAAAAAGACAUGUAUUGGUUGACUGACUGACUGAAUGAAAAUGAUGAGCUACGAACUAAAUUACUUUUAUUUUUCCAUGGAAACGGUCGCUAUACUUUCCUGUUUGUCAUUGUUUAAAAUUUGACGACUGUGUCCUAGCAUAGGUUUGGCCAGCUCUCAGUCCUCUUCACCACGCUGAUAACUAAACAGUGAACAACACAGCGACUAGUCUGUGAGAACGAAAGAACAAACGAGAGGGAAGUGAAAUGUGGAAUCAGGUCAGUUUAUUUGCAUUAAAGAGUCGUUCCUUCGAACUGAUUUGUUUGCAAAAGAUCCAUCUUUAAUAUAUAUGCAUGGAAAUGUUCCUGAAAUUAUUACAUACAGCACAAUUUAUAAGACUGAUUGUUGUGUUUCUGUUUAAAGCAUCAUGUAACUUUUAACUGAAUAAAAAAUAACUGCUUCAAAUGCAUGUUGAUGGUUAAGUGUCUUUAAACAGGAUGAAUGGUGUCUCUGUCUCAGCCACUCAGCCCCCCAUCACUUGUUUCUGCAUUAUAUAUCUUAGUUGGAGGGUAGGAUCACAGCAUUACAUACAGUGCUGUGAAAAAGUAUUUACCCCCAUACAGAUUUCUUUUUUGUCCUGCAUUUUCCAGCCACUGGUAGGAUUUCUUGAUAUCAACCACUUCUUCUAUCUGACGGUGGUACAUGCCAUGUAGGGGCUUGUCCCUCCAGGUUGUCUGCUCCUCCUCCUCUGCACUGUCAUCAGGGUUCUGCUGCCUGAGACAUUCACUUAGCAGUUCAUCCUUCGGGGCCAUUUUUUCGAUGUUUCAUCCUGGACCGUGGCCUUGACACUCGCUAGCCUUCGGCCUCCCUCUUUCCACUUAGUGUAUAGCCUCAGGGUGCUGGACUUGGGGCG